AUGCGGGCUGGUGCUGUGGAGAAAGGGGAGGUGCACGAGAGGGACGACGGGGGCAAGGAGGGCGUGAAGGGUGAGGAGGGGGAGGAGGGCGGGCAGGGAGGGCAGAGAGGGCAGGGCGAGGAAGGAGGGGAAGAGGGGCAGGGAGGGCAGGGCAGGCAGGGGGAUGAAGGGGAGGAGGGCGAGAAAAGGGAGGAGAAGAAUAAGGUAGAGUGUGGAGUGGUAGGGGCAUGUGGGGUGAUGCAAGAGCCUGGAGAGAAGGGGACGCGGCAGAGGAGUGUUGGUGCAGCAGGGAAGAAAGCAGGGAGCAGAGUGAGGGAUCGGGGCAGGAAGGAGAAGGUGACUUCUGAGUCGAUUCGAAAGAGAGUGCGGGAGAAGGACACGAAGGAGGGGGUGGAGGGGAGGCGAGUGGAAGGGAGGGCAGCGGCGUGGCAUGGGAAGGAGGUGAUUGUGCUGGAUGAUAGUGAUGAGGAGGACUGUAACGAACGUGCUUGCAAAGAGGACGAGAGAAACAAGGGGUACGAUGAUAAAGUAAGAGAUGGGGAGUGUGAGAGAGAUGGGGUGAACAGGGAGGGUGGAGAGAGGAGGAGGGAAGAGGAUGCGGAGAGAGGGCUCCGUGAGGGAAAUGGGGAGAUGGUGCGAGGGAGGGAGUGUGGCGGGGAGGAGGAAUCAGAAUUAGAGGAAGGGGAGGUUCGAGACGGGGAGGAGGACGAGGAGGAUGGGUGGACUGGUGCGGGAGGGGAGGUUGGGAUUGGUGGGGGAGAAAGGGAGAUAGUGAACGAUUUUGGGAGUGAUAAGGAGGGUAAGGAGGUGAGGUGUGAUGAGGGUGGGGAGGUGAGGUGUGAUGAUGGGGUAAUGGAUGUUGCGAGUGGUGGGGCAGAAGUGGAGUUAGGGAAUAAUGCUGGGGAUGGUGAGGAGGGUGGGGAGGUGAGGUGUUAUAAGGAGGACGAGGAGAGGAAGGAAGAGGAGAGGAAGGAAGAGGAUAGGAAGGAAGAGGAGAGGAAGGAAGAGGAUAGGAAGGAAGAGGAAAGGAAGGAAGAGGAGCGGAAGGAAGAGGAGAGGAAGGAAGAGGAGAGGAAGGAAGAGGGGCGGGCAGAGAAACAAUCAGGAGGAGGGGGGAGACCGGAGGGGCUGGGGCGUGCGUGGGGCUUACUUGCUGCUCGUAGCAUCAUCCCUCACCACCCCCACCAUGUUGGUCAAACUCAUGCUCAUCUCUCUCGCCCUCGUUGCCCCCGUCACCCUGCUGCACCUCCUGUUGUGGGUGCUCGUGCUUCUAACACAGCAGGUGGUGUGAGGGAGAAGGAUGAGGUCGAGGAGGUGAUUGUGUUGCUUGAUGCUGAGGAGGAGGAGGAGAAGGAUGGGGAUGAUGGGGGAGAGGAGGGAGAGGAGGAGGGAGAGGAGGAGGGAGAGGAGGAGGGAGAGGAGGAGGGUAGGGUGGGAGAAAGACAGGGGAGAGAGGAAGGAGAGGAGACAGGGGUAGGGAUGGCGGUUAGAAUGGGCAACAGGGGAAGAGAAGGAGAGGGGAUGGGGGUAGAGGAAGCAAGGAAGGAAGAGGGAGAAAGGAAGGGGAGACCACACACAGGGGUGGAAAGAGUGGAGGAGGAGGGCGAGGAGGGGGAGGAGGGCGAGGAGGGGGAUGGAGUGGGAGAGCAGGGAGGAACUGAAGGGGUGGGGCGAAAACAGGAAGGUGGGGGGGCUGAGGAGGAAAGCAAGGAGCAGCCAGAAGAGUUGGAAAGGGUCUCAGGUGGAGAGGUGGACGGGGAAGGAAGGAGCACGGGUAAGAGGGCAGACAGGGAGGAGGACGGGGAGGGAAGGAGCAGUGGCAACAGGGCAGUUUUUGUGCCGACUCGAGAGUUACCAGAAGAGUUGGAGGAAGCACCAGGUGGAGAGUUGGAAGGGGAAGGAAGGAGCACGGGUAAGAGGGCAGGCAGGGAAGCGGAGUGGGAUGUGUGGGGUUGGGAGCGUGCGUGGAAGAGGGCGAAGAGUGCGAAGAGUGCUGUGGAUGAGUGGCUAGAUGAGGGGGAUGACGAUAUGGUGGGGGAGGGUGAAGAGAUGGUGGGGGCGGGUGAGCGAGGUGGGGAGGGAGGGGAGGAGAGUGGGAGGGAGGAGGAGAGGCAGGGGGGAGGGGCAGGAAAGGCAGGAAAGGCAGUAGAGACAGUAGAGGCAGUAGAGGCGGUGAAUGCAGAGCAGUGCGUGCAUGGGAAUGAGGUGGUGUGCUGUGCUCCGUGUGUGGGAGAGAGCAGGAGGAUGGAGGGCGAUGGGGCGAGGAAGAGGAAGCGAGUUGUGCUGGAGGGAGAGAGGGAAGAGGGGCAGGAGGGGCAAGAGGGGCAGGAGGGGCAGGAGGGGCAGGAGAGAGAGAGGGGGUUGAGUGAGGUGGGGGGUGAAGAGGGGCACUGGAGUGGGGUGGCAGGAGAGAGGGGCGAGGGAGGCAGUGAGGCAGAGCAAGGGAGGGAGAAGGAGAGUAGCUGGGAAGUUGUGACGAGAGAUAAGCACGAGGAGAAGCAGGAGGAGCAGAUGGAAGAGAAGAAGGAAGAGAAGCAGGAGGAGGAGGAGGAGCAGCAGGAGGAGCAGCAGGAGGAGCAGCAGGAGGAGCAGCAGGAGGAGCAGCAGGAGGAGCAGCAGGAGGAGCAGCAGGAGGAGCAGCAGGAGGGCAGGUGCAACGAGGAAGGCACAGAGGGGAUGCAGGGAGGGGCGAAAAUGGGAGACCAGGAAGGGGCGAAAAUGGGAGACCAGGGGCUUGUAGGCACAGGGGAGAAAGCGGAGGAUGGAGCUAAGGGGGAGGAGGAGGCAAGGAAAGAGGUUGACAUGGAGGCCACUGCAACUGCUGCAACAGCCACGAGAGCCUUAGAUGUGCUCCUCACGUCUGCCCUUCCCACUGCAUCUCCCCGCCUCCACCCCUCUGCUUCACCUGCAUCCACCGUUCCUUUCCCUCCCACUCCAACAUCGCCGCAGCCUCCUCCCACCUCCUCCUCCCCACCUGUUGCCGCGACUCCUUAUGCUCCCUUAUCUGCCCCCUCCUCUUCUGCCCCCUCCUCUUCUGCUCCCUCCUCUUCUGCUCCCUCCUCUUCUGCUCCCUCCUCUGCUCCCUCCUCCUCUGUACCCUCCUCUAAUCCCGCGUCACCCUCUCCUUCAACCCACACUGCUCCUCCCCCUUCUGCUCCUGCAGCAGUGCAGAAGCAGCAGGUCGAAAGACACAGGGAGCAGCAGCAGCAGCAGCAGCAGCAGCUGUUGCGUCAGCAGCAGCAGCAGCGGCGACAGCUGCUUCAGCAGCAGCUGCGAGAGGAGCAGAGGGAGCGUGAACGAAAGAAAGCGAGGUUGGAAGAGAAGCUAGCAAGGGAGAGGGACGCACGGGGGGGAAAGGGUCCUGUGCCGGCGUCUCUCAUCAGCAUGGGGCUCAUCGUUGAUAAACUCAAGGCCAGAAAGGCUGCUGCUGAUGAGGGGAUGGGUGGGGGAAGGACUGACAGUGGUGAUAGGGAUGGUGAUGAUGAUGAUGAUCAUGCAGGAGCACAUGAUGGGACGGAUACUGAUAGUGAUGAUGAUGGGGAUGGGGAUGGUGGAGGAAGUAGUGAUGGUGAGAGUAGUGGCUCGGACGAGGAGAGUGAGGAGGAGGAGGAGGAGGAGGAGGAGGAGGAGGAGGAGGAGGAGGAGGAGAUUGUGGGCGGCAUGGGGAACGGCAUGGGGAAUGGCAUGGUGCGUGGCAUGCGGGCAUAUGAUGAGAGGAGGGAUGGCGUGUGUCGGUACGACGGGGGGCGGCAUGUGGUGGUGGAGGAGGAUGCGAUGGAGGAGGAGAUCUGUGCCCAGUGCGGCAUUCUCUUGAGGAGCGCCCACGUGUCGCUGGUCCCGAAUAGCCGGUCCCCAGGGGCGGGGGUGAGCAACAGCAACAGGCGGGCGCACCUCGCCCCGUGGCAGCUGCAGGCGCUGCAGGCCAGGCGGGCCAUGGAGGCUGCCCUGGCAGAGCUUGACCGGGAGGAGCAGCAGCGCCGCCAGGCAGCGCAGCGGGAGAGGGAGCGGCAGCGGAGAGAGAGGGAGAGGGAGAGGGAGCUUGAGCGGCGGCAGCAGCUUCUGGGGGAGAUCGGGGUGGAGCACGAUUGCUGGCCGUCGGAUUUCCUCCGGCGGAGGAUGCAGAGCCAUCAGAUCGCGGCGUUCAGGUUCAUCUGGCACCACCUAGUGGCUGGGGGCGGGGAGAGACCAGGGGAAGGGCGAAGGGGAGCGGACGGGAAAGAAGGGAAAUCAGAGCGGAGGGAAGUAGGGGGGUGCAUCUUGGCCCAUGCCCCUGGCACGGGCAAGACACUCACCACCAUCGCUUUCAUCGAGAAGCUCCUCUCGCUGCACCACCACAGCCGCGAGGCGGGGACUCUCAGAGCCUCUGCAAUCAACAGUGCAACCAGCAGUACGAGGGGCACUCCCCCGCGCAUCCUGAUAGUGACGGAGCUGUCCAUAGUGGAUUCAUGGUGGGGCGAGUUCCACAAGUGGAUCACCACCCGCGCCCAGCGGGCCGUCGUCCCCUCCCUUAAUGUCCUGGAAGGCGGCGCCGCAGGGGGCAUUCGCGAGGCUGAGAGGGUGGCCAAGGCGUGGAAUGUGUUGAUCUGUGAUGAGGGGCACCGCAUUAAAUCGCCCUCCACCAUCUCACACCGGGCCCUGGACAGGCUGCACACGCGGCGGAGGGUGCUGCUGACAGGCACGCCGCUGCAGAACUCCACUCUCGAGCUGUGGGACUUGGCAUGCUUUGGCGAGGUGCGCUUUUUGGAGCGCAACAGGGAGGCGCUGAGCCCAGCGUGGGCAGCAAUGGAGGAGCAGCAGGGCGUGCAGCUGUCUCCCAAGCUGGCAGCGGUGGUGGCGAUCGUGCGGGCGGCGGUGCACAUGGGCGAGAAGGUGGUGGUGUUUGCCGAGGAGCACGUGCAUCUGGACCUCGUAGUGGGGUCUCUCUGCCAUGCCAUGGGGUGGGAGAGCGAGGAGCAGGUGUUGCGGGUGGACGGCAGCAUGACUCAGGCGCAGCGCAGCGACGCCUUCGAGCGGUUCCACAAGGAGAAGUUGCCGCAAGCAGCGGUGAUGGUGGCGGCCGUCAAGGCGUGCGGGCUGGGCAUUGACUUUACUGCUGCCUCACGGGUCGUCAUGCUGGAUGCUCUCUGGAACCCGGCUUCUGACCAGCAGGCCAUCUCUCGGGUGUGGCGGGUGCACGUGUAUCGACUGCUACUGGAGGGCAUGGGGGAGAUGUACAAGCUGCGCUGCGCUCAGGCCAAGCAGCGCCUUGCACACGUCAUCUUCCACUCCGCCACUGGCACCAAGCAGCGCCUCGCACACGUCAUCUUCCGCUCCGCCACCGCUGCUGGUGGUGUUGUUGUGUCUGCCGUUGAUGUCGCUGAACCUCAUCACUCCAUCACCCCAUCACCUCAUCACGCCAUCACCACCCCCUUCCCCCAACCCCCUCUUUCGGUCCCCCCCAAACCCACUGUGCAGGCGCAUCCACCUCCCCCACUCCCAGCGACAGCUGUCUCUCCGACCCCAUCCUCCGCCGCCUCCUCGCCAUGCCAUCCUCCUCCACCUCCCACCCUCCACACCCCUCCACCUCCCACCCUCCACACCCCUCCACCUCCCACCCUCCACACCCCUCCACCUCCCACCCUCCACACCCCUCCACCUCCCCCUCCUCUCCUCCUGGCUCCCAUCGCCCUCGCUCCCCUCGUCCUCCCUCCUCUAGUCCCAACUCCUCCCAUCCUCACAACCCUCUUCCUCCCUCCGCUCCUCCUGCCUCCUCCCAUCUUCCCUCCACCUCGGGUCGAUCCUCUCUGA